CUUGUCCGCCAUAAACAACUGCUACCUUAGUUAUAUCUCCCAAACCAAACACCUUGUAAACGCCCGCCUUAUUAGCUACUCGCGAUGGCAGACGCUUGGAAAGAAAGUAUCGCCAGCACCGACUCCAAGGACCCAACCACGCAGCAAUUACCCCAGUCGGAAGUGCUUGCCAAAGGGCCCAAGGCCGCUCCAACGACCCCAACCUCCCCGCCGGUUCAGGCUGAGAUUAGAGACCACCGAUUAAGCGACGAGUGGGACGCUUCCAAGGUGCCUCCCUCGCGUUUCCAAAAGCGCAAGGGCUCCAUCUACGCCGUGCCCCACUCGCGCGACGGCAGGAUUGACAGCAACUACCCUGCCAAGUACUUUGAGAAGCUGGCGGAAAUGAGCUCGAAGAAGUGACGACCUGGCGCUUUCCACGCUUGAGAACGGCUCUCUUUCCACCUUGUGUUGUCCCGAUAUCUGCAGAUCGGAGGGGAGAGGUGGACAACACUCGUGGCAAUUUCCGUCCUUGUAAGGGGGCCCGCGACUUUCAUUGAGCUGAAUUGGGAUCUUGUGGCACCUGACGAGGGAGGCUGAUUGGUCCCAAUCGUCUUCGGGUUCCGGAUGGACCACCUGAUGGGGUUCAUGAUUAAGGAGGAAGACGGGGCGGAAAGUUUGAUAGGCUGUGUGUGUAUAGUCAUUUGAGUGUCGAUAUAAUCUGGAGGGAUGCCGGCACGGCAAGUUUCAAUACAAUCGAGAUGCUUCGCACCGUGAAGGGCAAAAGCGGCGGCGGGACCACUUCCCAAACGUUCGUCCGCCGAAUCCCGCUGCAGCUCUGAA